AUGGCUCUUUUCAUCUUGGACAGCUUGUACAUCUGCCGCAGGAACAUGGUGAACCUGUAUCGCUCCCAAAGUUUCCGAGAGGUUGUGGUGAAGCACGAGUACGAAGCCCUCCAGGACGACGAGCUGACCUUACGACCGGGCGACGUCAUCAAGAAUGUGCAGUACAUAGAAGAGGACGGCUGGAUGGAGGGAGACCUCAACGGGAAAAGGGGUCUGUUCCCUGUCAACUUUGUUAAGGACACAAAAAGCGAGCCAAAAGAAGAUGCCUCGCCGUCCCAGAGGAGAGAGAAGAGUGCGGGUAACGUGGCCAACCUGGUCCAGAGGAUGAGCAUUAUCGGUAUCCCCACCGGGGGCUUCCAGCCUCCACAGCCGCCGGCAGCUUCAAAGAAGCCGAAGAAGAGACAGUGCAAGGUGCUGUUUGGAUACCAACCGCAAAAUGAAGAUGAACUGGAGCUUAAAGUUGGAGACAUCCUAGACAUAACAGAGGAGAUUGAAGAGGGCUGGUGGAGCGGUGUCAUAAACGGCAAAUCAGGACUGUUUCCAUCUAAUUUUGUGAAAGAGCUGGAUGCUUCAGAAGAGGACCCAGAGUCAAAUGAGACAACUUCAGAUGAGACGGAUGGAAGCGCGACAGAAGUCACAGGCACACCCACGUCACCUCAGCCUCCCUCAGGGAACGAAGCCAUAGCUCACCCUAAGAAGAUCCGAGGAAUUGGCUUUGGGGACAUCUUUAAAGAGGGUUCGGUCAAGCUAAGGGUGCGGCUGCCCAGUCCGGAAGCACAGGAGAGAAAAGAAAAACCCGUCCCAUCAUUACCAUCAGCUACAAAGCCUGCACACCCCAACAUGACAGACUCACAGAGAGCUGAUGGAGACAGCAAACCAAAAGUCACCUUUUGUUAUGAUGCCACGAAUGAGGAUGAGCUGAGUCUAAAAGAGGGAGAUAUCGUCCAUUUACUGAGCAAGGACACAGGAGAGCCUGGCUGGUGGAGAGGUGAGGUCGGAGGGAGGGAAGGUGUCUUCCCCAACAAUUUUGUGGCCUUGGUGACCGAAGCAGAGAAAGAGGCUUCCUUCAGUACCUCCAGCAUCGAGAGGAUCAGUGAAAUCUUCCCCAAAGCAAGAAUCAGAGGAGGCCUGGAAGUCUAA